AUGGAUGGCAGAGGAAAUAACGGGCAAGAAAACAAUAAUAAUGCAGGAGAAGUAAAGUACCGAGGUGUCCGAAAGCGGCCAUGGGGAAAAUAUGCAGCCGAGAUUCGUGAUUCGGCCCGCCAGGGGGCCCGCGUGUGGCUGGGCACGUUUGGCACAGCCCAAGAGGCCGCACGGGCCUAUGAUCGGGCCGCUUACACAAUGAGGGGGCAUUUGGCCAUCCUCAACUUUCCGGAAGAGUACAACAUGCCGAGCAGCUCGUCCCAUUUCGCGAGGCCCUCGAGCUCCAUGCAGAGUAGGGAGGAAGUGAUCGAGUUCGAGUAUUACGACAAUAAGUUGCUGGAGGACCUUCUUGAUUACGAUAAUUACACGUCUAAGAAGUAG